AAGAUUCAACAGCAAAGACACUCAUUCACAAGACUACCUCCUCAAGACACUUUCUGGGCCUUUCCUAUGAAAAACCUACGGACGGAAUGGAAGACAGCCCGGCCUUAGCCCACCUGGCCAGUGACAGCAAACACAAGAUGAAGUACGACUUCUCCUGCGAACUGUACCGAAUGUCCACCUAUUCCACCUUCCCCGCCGGGGUCCCCGUCUCUGAGAGGAGUCUGGCCCGAGCGGGGUUCUAUUACACUGGCGUGAUGGACAAGGUCAAGUGCUUCCGUUGCGGCCUCAUGCUGGAUAACUGGAAGCAAGGAGACAACCCCGUCGAGAAGCACAAGAAGUUGUACCCCAGCUGCGGCUUCAUUCAGAAUUUGGUGUCUGAUGACACGGUGGGGUCCAGCUCCAAGAGCGUUUCCUCCCCAGGGAGACACAGCUCCCCUCACUCAUUGCCUUCUGCUGCUUCUGAUCUCAGUGGAUCAUUCACUGAUUCUUUUUCCCACCUUUCACUCCACCCUGUUCAUGCUAGAGGAGGUGAGGAUUUCUCCCCAACGAGUCCUAAGCCCUACAGUUACGCGAUGAGCACCGAGGAGGCCAGAUUUCUCACUUAUCGCAUGUGGCCGUUGACUUUUCUGUCGCCAUCAGAGUUGGCCAGAGCUGGAUUCUAUUACGUCGGGCCCGGAGACAGGGUCGCCUGCUUCGCCUGUGGCGGGAAACUCAGUAACUGGGAACCGAAGGACGAUGCGCUGUCAGAGCAUCGGAGACAUUUCCCCGACUGCCCGUUUCUGGAGAAUUCUCUGGAGACACUGAGGUUCAGCAUUUCCAAUCUGAGCAUGCAGACACGGGCAGCUCGGCUGAGGACAUUCAUGUGCUGGCCUUCGAGUGUUCCUGUUCAUCCAGAGCAGCUGGCAAGUGCUGGUUUCUACUGUGUGGGUCGCAAUGAUGAUGUCAAAUGCUUUUGUUGUGACGGUGGCUUAAGGUGUUGGGAAGCUGGAGAUGAUCCGUGGGUGGAACAUGCCAAGUGGUUUCCCAGGUGUGAGUUCUUGAUAUGCAUGAAAGGGCAGGAGUUUGUUAAUGAGAUUCAAGCUAGAUAUCCUCAUCUUCUUGAACAGCUGUUGUCGACUUCAGACACUACUGAAGAGGAAAUUGCUGAUCCACCAAUCCUGCACUUUGGACCCGGAGAGACGCCAUCUGAAGACGCUGUCAUGAUGAACACGCCUGUGGUUAAAGCGGCCUUGGAAAUGGGCUUCAGCAGGAGUCUGGUUAGGCAGACGCUGCAGAGUCAAAUCCUCACAGCGGGAGAGAACUACAAAACUGUCAGUGAUCUGGUGUCAGCACUUCUUAAUGCCGAAGACGAAAAAAGAAUUGAGGAAAAGGAAAGGCAAACUGAAGAACUGGCUUCAGAUGAUUUGUCCCUGAUUCGGAGGAACAGAAUGGCACUCUUUCAGCAGCUGACAUGUGUGCUGCCUAUCCUGGACAACCUUUUGAAGGCUAAUGUCAUUAAUAAACAGGAGCAUGACGUCAUCAAACAGAAAACACAGGUACCUUUACAAGCAAGAGAACUGAUUGAUACAGUAUUAGUUAAAGGGAACGCUGCCGCCAGCAUCUUCAAAAACUGCCUAAAAGAAAUUGAUUCUACGAUAUAUAAGAACUUAUUUGUGGAAAAGAAUAUGAAGUAUAUUCCAACAGAAGAUGUUUCAGGUCUGUCCCUGGAAGAGCAGUUGAGGAGGUUGCAAGAAGAAAGAACUUGUAAAGUGUGUAUGGACAAAGAGGUUUCGAUUGUAUUCAUUCCUUGUGGUCAUCUGGUAGUAUGCCAGGAGUGUGCUCCUUCUCUACGAAAAUGCCCUAUUUGCAGGGGUAUAAUUAAAGGAACUGUUCGCACCUUUCUCUCAUAAAGGGCUCGUGGGCUAUAUUAGCUAAUUCUAUAAGGCUGUUUUAACAAAGCCAUUUGAAGUAUAAAAGGAAUUACCUUUUACUUCAUAACAUUUGUGAUCCUUUUUGCUUUGGUAUUAGUAAUCUUGUUUU